AAUUUGCCUGGAUAAAGUUAACAAUUAAAAAAAUGUAUUGACCUACUUACACCCACGACGAGGCUACACGGAAGUGAUCGAAAAGUUAAAAAGUUUUACAGCUCUGAUAAAAGAGAUACCCCAUACAAAGACUGAGUUAUGGCAUCGGGUGGUCCCCCACCUCCAUACCAACCAUCAGCUCCCCCUGCUGGUAUAUACCAACAACCACCUGCAGGAGCAUACCCAAACCAGCCACCACCACCAGGAGCAUACCCUGCUCAACCGCCACCAGGGGCAUACCCUGCUCAACCACCACCAGGAGUGUACCCACAAAAACAUGUUGUCGGGGAGAAUGUGACAAAUGUGCUUCCUGGUGGUAAAGGUGUGGUAGUGGCAGGUGCCUCACAGACAACUGUCGUGAAGAGUUCUGGCAACACACAUACAGUUGUACAUCAAAAACCAAAGAGGAGCUUGGCUAGUAGGGUAAUGAAGAUGAUGGACAAAGUCACAUUUGAUUUGGCUUACUUUGGCGAGAAUUCCAAGUUUCAAAGUUUAAACAUGUUCAAAGAAGGCAAUGUGGUCCAGCUCAUAUCUAAGGCCAGUGGGAAAUCAUUGCAGAUUGUUCAGUCACCCAAUGGUCAGUUCAUGGUAGAUGGGUGUGGUAUGGAAGGCCCGUCUGCAGCCAAUGCUGUGUGGACAGUAGAAGUUGUAGGAAGUAAUAUUGUGAAACUACAAAACAACUACAAUUACUUGGCUGUCAUCAAUGGGUGCACUACCCUUAUAUACUUUCCCCCUCAAAGUGGUUAUGCACUGGGCACUGAAACACACUUCCGUUUACAACAAAUCUCAAACUUUAUUCUGCUAGACUCUUUCAAGGAGUCAGGACAUCAUGUGGGGAUCUUGCCUACUGGGGAGUUGAAAUCUGCAGUUGCCACAGGAAAAGAAGAUCAUGCCCAGUUUGGGGUCAGACUCAUUUACACCCCACAUGUAGUUCAACCUGCCCCAAAUGUGAAACACUAA